AUGAAAACAAGACCAAACGAUCAUGUACUGACAUACCAAGAAUGGUUUAAAAUGUUAUGGUAUAAAGGUUUAUUUACUUAUUACCGUGAAGACCUUCAUCUUUCUGAAGAUGAAAUCCAACAACAAGUGAAUAGUUCACGACAAUACACUUUAACACAUGAACCAGCACAUUUCUUUCCUGGUUUUAUUGAAAUGUUAAAAGAGUUUAGAAAAUUGGGAGGAAUUAUUGGAGUAGUGUCAUUUUCUGAUGAACAAAAUAUAUUAAGACAUUACCGUUCUGAAACAAAUGGAGAAUUUGUUCCUGAUAUUGUUUAUGGAUGGAAUAAAGAAGCUCCUGAGAAAUGUAAACCAUAUGCAUUUCCUGUUCUUGAUGUUCUUGAGAAAUACCAUUUAGAAAAAAAAGAUAUUUUAGUAGUUGAUGAUUUGCUUCCAGGUUUAGAAAUGGCAGAAAAUGCUGGAGUUAAAAAAGCUGGUGCAUUGUAUGGAAAAGGACAUGAAUUUCUUAAAGAAGAAAUGGAAGAACAUUGUGAUUUCUUAUGUGAAACAGUAACUGAUUUAAAGAACCUUAUUAUUAAAUCUAACACAGAAGAAUAA